AUGAGGGACAGACUAACUAACCUCCAGGAGCUGUCCAGCGGCCCCAUGGAGCCAAUGGAGUAUGCGGAGUCAGUUGUCUCUGACUCCUUCAGUAACGUUGACCUGGAGGAUGAGUUGCCUCAUGAAGCAGUGGUGUUUAGCGACAACAGCCCUGCUCUGGGCGAAAUCUUUGCCCAGGCACAAGGUAUACACAAAGACAUCCAGCUCAUCCGCCUGGAGGUUAAGAGGCUUCGUGAGCAGAACUCCCGCAUGUUCCAAGCCACCACCACCAUGAGCACCAUUAAAAAGGACUCUAACACUAUUGGAGCUGAUAUCAAGGCGCGGGCUGAGGAUGUGCUAGCACGUCUACAUAAAAUGGACGACAUGACGCAGAAACUAGAAGAAACGCACGGCACAAAUUCUGCUGUGACGCGUAUCGCCAGAACCCAGUACGCCUGCCUCAGUAAUGGCUUUCGCGAUGCAAUGUUUGACUACAAUGCGGCGGAGAUGAGCCACCGGGAAAGCUGUAAAGCCCAGAUCCAGAGGCAAAUGGAGAUAAUGGGGCGCGAGGUGACGGGAGAGGAGGUUGAGGAGAUGAUUGAGAAAGGUCAGUGGAACAUCUUCAACGACAACAUCGUGACUGAAGGCAGAACGGCACGCUCGGCUCUGUCCCAGGUUGAGAAACGGCACCAGGAGCUGCUGGACCUGGAGAGCCGCAUCAAGGGCAUCCAUGAGAUAUUCCUGGACAUCGCCAUGCUGGUAGAGGAGCAGGGCCCCAUGCUGGACUCCAUCCAGAACAACGUUCAGAAAACUGAUGCUGUCAUGCAGGAUGUCCUCUUUAAACUUGGCAAGGCAAAACGCCAUGACAGCAAGAACCCGUUUAGAAAGAUGUUUUGCAGCUGUUUUCCGUGCGUCGACUAAUCGGUACAACAGGAUGACCCGGCAAAGACGAUGACAGCUAGCUCUUAGGAUAUUCAAAAUGUUCAACGUGUCACGAAAAUGUUAUUUUCACAAUAAUUUAUCAUCACGGUCUUUGUAGUUACUGCCUAAUAUUUUCUCAGAGAGUAAAAUGAAGGUUUGAGGGAAAGGGUUCAAACUGCUUGGUUUAAAUGCAAAAAUUCUUGGGUUAAACGUCAUAAAACUCUAUUUAUGUAAUUCCUUGAUUUUUAAUGCCUGCAGUAAGGGUUUGAGACAUAACCUGUGUCAAAUAACAAUGACCUAGGCAUGAUGCAUACUUGAAACAAAUGGUACGUGAAGGUAUUUUUCAGCUUGCUCAGGUUACACAUUUACUAAUUGGUAGCUUUCAGAUAUUUUUAAACAAUUUCUGAAAGUUCCAUUAAAAUAACCUUGAAGAAAUGUUUGGUUUGUCACUACACAUCUUAGCAUUAAUACCAUGGAUGUUGUGGUUGAAGUAAAACAGAGUGUACCGGUAACGAAGCAGUUUAACAGGGAUAUAACUUCUGCAGGGAUUGUACUUGUGAUGCACCAUGCACACUACCUUAUUUUGACUUCUGUAUAUUAAAAUGUUUUUGUCUGUC